GUUUCUGUAGAGCUGCUCAGCGCUUUUGGCCUCUCUGCAGGGGCAGUGAGACGCUGGUAGGAAGGGAGGGAGGGAAAGCAGCACAAAGGCGGCUUGUACCCGGUACCCUUGUCUCCAAAAGAGCGCAUGUGAGGAGUGAGGAAGGCAUGCCCCCACUGCAAAUCCUCCACGAAGAACUGAGGGCACUGCUGGAAUAGUGUGUAUGUGGUGGGGGGACAAGGAGGAGGAGGAGGGGACCCCUUCCCCGCCUGUGUGGGAGUGCCAAAGGCAGCAGGAAGACUUGCCUGCCCUCCCUCCUUCCCCCACCAGCACAAGGUACCUGCGCUGUGGUUCUCAGCCCUGCCCGUAGAUUGGAUCGCCUGUCUUGUGGAGGGCUCGGGUGUGGUUUUUUCUUUUUAAGCUACCUAGGAGAUGCUGACAUGCAGCCAGGUGCCCUGCUCAGGGCGUCUGCUGACACUGCCUGGCAGGCAGGCCUGGGCUGGAGGCCAGGAGCUGGAAGGCUGGCCUUCCCUCAGGAGCAGAGGGAGCCCUCACCCUUCCUGGGCGGGCAGGCCUCUCUCCCUGGGAUGUGGUUGGACAUGAAACUCAACUGCUUGCACCUGGGGCCCUUACAACACAGGCGUGGCCCAGGGCUCCGUCAUGACAGGCGCAGGUGGUUGUCACCUGGCUCUGUUGGCUCCCUUCCAACACCCUUUCCACCCCUACCGCUGGGGUCCACAUAUCCCUGAAUUUUGGUUCUGAUUCAGAUACCAGAUGCUUUUACAGGUGAGCUGCCUGUGGGAAGGGAGUGAGGAAGAGGAAGUGCCUGGUUGCUUCUUGGCCAGGAGCUUCCAAGAGGGAAUGAAUAGAACACGUCGCGACUAUCUUGGCAGAAGCGGGUCAGUCCCCUGUCGGGCAGUCCCCAGGGGAGCAAGGGUUUGAGAUCCGCAGGGCACUAGGACCCAGCGGGCGCAGGGCAGCCCACGUGCUGCGUUCGCGCCGCCCCCGCUCCUGCCCUGCUCCGGCGCCGCUCCAUUGUCUGGGCGCUGCAGCCGCGAGCCGGGCGGCCGGGGGGUGGCGGCUGGAGCCCUGCCGGCCGGGUCGGAGCCGGCGCGGGAGAUGCCGGGCGAACCGCGGCCGCCUGAGCCGCCCGCCUAGCCCCCGCCUUCCGGGGGAAGGAUGUGCGCCCGGAUGGCGAGGCGCGCGGCAGCGGCUCUCCGGUGGCCCUGCGGCCCCUGGCUCUGCCUCCUGGUGGCCCUCGCCUCGGACGUCCGGAGAGAGGAGGAAACUGAGGGUCCAAAGAUGUUAAAUGACCCAAGCUUCAUCAAAGCAGAGUGAGGAUGGAAACAAGGUCUCCAGACUCCCAGGACAUCCUCUCCAGGGACAGCAGCCCAGCUUGGAGGAUUCUGGAAUGAGUAAAACAAGACAGCUAAUUCACAACCCUGGGUGCACAAAGACUGAGGGGACUCAGGAGGGCAAGCAGUCAAGGAGGGCUCCUGUGGAAGGAGAACGGAGAGACCCACAGUCUAGGGAGUGAAGCCCUAAGGAUGGAGCUCAGUUCAGCCCCUGCCAGCUCUGGAGCUGUCACCAUCUCUGCCCAUUCUCCCUCUUCAGUGGACUGCGACCAGGGCCUCCUGGACCCUGUCUACCUGCCGGCAGCCCUGGAGCUUCGGGAUGCCCCUGAGCAUUUCCGUGUGCAGCAGGUGGGCCGCUACCCACCCGCCAACUCCUCUCUGGGCUCCCGGUCUGAGACCUUUCUGCUCCUGCAGCCCUGGCCCAGGGCCCAGCCACUUCUCCGGGCCUCCUACCCACCCUUUGCCACUCAGCAGGUGGUCCCUCCUCGAGUCACUGAGCCCCACCAACAGCCAGUCCCGUGGGACGUACGGGCUGUGUCGGUGGAAGCUGCCGUGACUCCAGCAGAGCCCCACGCCCGCGUCCUCUUCCACCUCAAAGGGCAGGAUUGGCCGCCAGGGCCUGGCAGCCUGCCCUGUGCCUGGCUCCAUGCCACACACCCUGCAGGCACCGCUCACCGAGCCUGCCAUUUCCAGCCAUCUCUGGGCGCCUGUGUGGUGGAGCUGGAGUUCCCUUCGCACUGGUUCUCCCAGGGCUCCCCCACGCGGGCUGAGCUGGCCUACACACUGGAGCCUGCGGCUGAAGGUCCUGGGGGCUGUGGCCCUGGGAGGGAGGAAGGCCCCGGGGAAGAGGCUCUCCCAGUGGGAGAUGUGGAGCUGCGCCCAGCAGCCCCCCCACAGUACCAGGAGGUGCCCCUGGAUGAGGCAGUGACCCUACGGGUGCCCGAUGUGCCUGUGCGGCCCAGCCAGCUCUUCAGUGCCACCCUCCUGCUUCGGCACAACUUCACCGCCAAAGUUCUGACCCUGCGGAUCAAAGUGAAGAAGGGGCUGCAUGUGACAGCUGCACGCCCAGCCCAACCUGCCCUCUGGAGUGCCAAGCUGGACCGCUUCAAGGGCUCCAAGCACCAUACCAGCCUCAUCACGUGCCACCGAACUGGGUCCACAGGGCCGGACACCAGCAGCCCCCUUGAACUAUCCGAGUUCCUGUGGGUGGACUUCCUGGUGGAGAAUGGCACUAGUGGGGGCGUAGCCACCACUCGCCCUGUCACCUGGCAGCUGGAGUACCCAGGCCAGGCCCCCGAAGCAGAGAAGGACAAAAUGGUGUGGGAGAUCCUGGUGUCGGAGCGGAACAUAAGAGCCCUCAUCCCACUGGCCAAGGCCGAGGAGCUGGUGAACACAGCGCCACUGACUGGAGUGCCUCGGCGUGUCCCUGUGCGCCUUGUCACUGUGGACAGUGGGGGGGCUUUGGCGGAGGUGACAGAGCACAUCGGCUGUGAGUCGGCCAACACCCAGGCCCUGCAGGUGUCCGAGGCCUGCGACGCUGUGUUUGUGGCUGGCAAGGAGAGCCGCGGUGCUCAGGGGGUGCGGGUGGACUUCUGGUGGCGCCGGCUGCGGGCCUCACUGCGAAUGACAGUGUGGGCCCCGCUGCUUCCCCUGCGCAUCGAGCUGACCGACACCACCCUCGAGCAGGUCCGAGGCUGGAGGGUACCCAGCACAGCUGACGGGGUACCGGAGCCUGAGGCUGCCCCUGUGGCAGAGGAGUCAGAGAGGCGGUCCCGCAGCUGCCGCCUGCAGUACCAGCGCGCUGGCGUGCGCUUCCUUGUGCCCUUCGCGGCCCACCCGCUGGAUGGCGGCCACCGCCUUACCCACUUGCUCGGCCCUGACUGGCUGCUGGACGUGUCCCACCUCGUGGCGCCACACGCCCGCGUGCAGGAUGUACGUGUGGCCUCUCUGGAGCACGGCCAUGUCCUGGUGGGCCGGGAGCCUGGCAUCACCUCCAUUGAGGUGCGCUCCCCACUGUCUGACUCCAUCCUGGGCGAACAGGCACUGACUGUGACGGAUGACAAGGUCUCGGUGCUGGAGCUGCAGGUGCAGCCCGUGAUGGGCAUCACACUGGCCCUGAGCCGGGGCACUGCCCACCCUGGGGAGGUCACAGCCACGUGCUGGGCACAGUCAGCCCCUCCCACCCCAAAGCAGGAGGUGGCCCUCUCCCUGUGGCUGUCCUUCUCUGACCACACUCUGGCCCCUGCUGAGCUCUACGACCACCGGGACCUGGGACUGUCCGUCGUGGCUGAGGAGCCUGGUGCCAUCCUGCCAGCUGAGGAGCGGGGUGCCCAGCUUGGGGUGGUGGUGAGUGGGGCAGGCGCCGAGGGGCUGCCCCUGCAUGUGGCUCUGCACGCACCUGAGCCUUGCCGCCGGGGCCGCCACCGUGUGCCCCUGGCCUCCGGCACUGCCUGGCUAGGGCUGCCCCCUGCUCCCACGCCGGCCCCUGCCCUGCCACCCAGCCCUCCUCAGAGCUCGGCAGCCACGGGCGCCAGCCUGGGUGGUGAACGGUGGGUGGCAGGCAGCGUGGGAGACAGCGGGGGUGUGAGGGGCAAGUUCGAGCGGACAGAGGAGGCCGGGAAUGAGGAGGCAGAGGCUGCGGGGGAGGAGGAGGAGGAGAUGGUCCCCGCCCCUCAGCAGAUCACUGAACUCGAGCUGGGCAUGUACGCCCUCCUGGGCGUCUUCUGUCUAGCCAUCCUCAUCUUCCUGGUUAACGGGGUGGUCUUCGUGCUGCGCUACCAGCGCAAGGAGCCUCCCGACGGUGCCACUGACCCUGCCUCUCCCCAGCCACACAACUGGGUCUGGCUGGGCACCGACCAGGAAGAGCUGAGCCGCCAGCUGGACCGGCAGCCCCCUGGCCCACCCAAGGGGGAAGGGGGCUGCCCCUGUGAGAGUGGGGGCAGGGGGGAGUUGGCCCAGGCACCUGCUGGGGGCACCACCAGCUCCUCGGGCACCCUGGCCAGGAAGGAAGCUGGGGGACGGCGGAAGCGGGUAGAGUUUGUGACGUUCGCACCAGCUCCCCAAGCCCAGUUGCCCAAGGAGCCUGCAGGGGCCCCUGCUGUGCAGUCCAUCCUGGUGGCGGGCGAGGAGGACAUCCGCUGGGUGUGUGAGGACAUGGGGCUGAAGGACCCCGAGGAGCUGCGCAGCUACAUGGAGAGGAUCCGGGGCAGCUCCUGACCCCCGCCCGGCCUCGGCAGCCACCCGCCCAGGCGGCCUGCUCUCAUCCUCUGGUGCCUCUUGGCCCAAGCCCCCUGCCUCGGCCCCUGUGAGGGCUCCCCCCCGGCCCUCCUGCCCUGCCCCUUGUCAUGGACCAUGGUUGUGAGGAAGGGCCCUGCCCCUUAUUUAUGGGAACAUUUCACCCUACUGUUGGGCACAGAAUAAACUGGGAAGGAAACCCCG